GGCUACUCCCACGAAUCCUCUCUGUACGAAAUGUCAGCUCUGAUUCUGAACACCAACUAUAAAGGAAGCUCUGUUUUUCUGAGCAUCCAUUUUCAUUUCUCCACAUCUCAUCCUUCCACCCGUAGCAGCAAUGGAGCUCUUGAGCAACGUAGGCUCAGCAAUGGCCGCCCUAAUGUUCGGUUGGGCAAUGUUCCAGCAAUACUUCCCUUACAACCUCAGCGGAUCCCUCGACCGCUACAUCCUCAAGCUAACCGCCAUCUUCUACCCUUACAUCCAAAUCACCUUCCCGGAGUUCACCGCCGACCGCCUCAAACGGAGCGAAGCCUACGUCACCAUCCAGAACUACCUCACCGCCCAUUCCUCUGCCUCCGCCAAGCGCCUGAAAGCCGACGUCGUCAAAGACAGCACCCAGUCCGUCCUCCUCUCGAUGGACGAUCACGAGGAAGUCGUCGACGUCUUUGACGGCGUUAAAGUUUGGUGGUCCUCCGGCAUGACCAUAAGCAAAUCGCAGUCGCUGUCACUGUACCCUGCCGCCGACCGGCGAUACUUCACGCUCACAGUCCACAAGCGCCACCGCGAAGCCGUCACCACCGAUUACAUAGCUCACGUGCUGAAGGAAGGGAAGGCGAUUGCGUCCAGGAAAAGGCAGAGGAAGCUUUACACCAACAAUCCCAGCAAGGAUUGGUCUGGGUGGAAGGCUACCAAGUGGAGCCAUAUCGUCUUUGAACACCCCGCCUGCUUUGAUACUCUGGCUAUGGCGGAGCAGGCCAAGGAAGGGAUUAAGAAGGAUCUCAUCAAGUUCAGUCAGGGGAAACACUACUACAACAAGAUCGGCAAAGCUUGGAAGCGUGGGUACCUCCUCUACGGACCCCCAGGAACGGGGAAGUCCACCAUGAUUGCCGCCAUGGCCAAUUUCUUGAACUACGACAUAUACGAUCUGGAGCUGACGACGGUCAAGGACAACUCCGAGCUAAGGAAGCUGUUGAUUGAGACGACGAGCAAGUCGAUAAUCGUGAUCGAAGACAUCGACUGUUCGCUUGACCUCACCGGCCAGCGUAAGGGCAAGAAGAAAGCGGGAAAGAGCGGGGAGGGGGAUGGAGAUGAAGCAGAGAACGAGAAAGAACCUCUGGCCAAAGCUAAAAAGGACGCGGAGAAUGUGGAGGGGAAGAGCGACGACAGCAAGGUCACGUUAUCGGGUCUACUGAACUUCAUCGACGGGAUAUGGUCCGCCUGUGCAGGGGAGAGAAUCAUCGUGUUCACAACGAACUACGUCGACAAGCUGGAUCCGGCAUUGAUUAGGAGAGGGAGGAUGGACAAGCAUAUAGAGAUGUCUUACUGUUCCUUCGAGGCGUUCAAGCUGCUGGCGAGGAACUACUUGGAUGUUGAGGCACAUGAGUUGUUUGCAGACAUUGAGGUUCUCCUGGGGGAGACGAAGAUGACUCCUGCUGAUGUUGCAGAGAAUUUGAUGCCAAAAUCGGACGAUGAAGAUGCAACAGAUGCGUGUUUGAAGGAAUUGGUUGAAGCACUACAAGCUGCCAAGGAGAAGGAUGCAAGGCCGAAGGUGGAAGAAGAAGAAGAAGCGAUGGUGAACAAGGCUGAUGCAGCACCAGAAGAGAAGUAGAAUGGUAGCAUAUCUUGUGGGUUUAUAUUUACAUCUGUCAGAAUUGCCACCUGUACAUACAUGAAACAAAAGACAGCAAAAGUGGAUGACUUUUAACAUAAUGCCGUCCAACUAGUUUAUCU